AUGAGUCCUAUAGGGGCCCGUCUGUGUUGGUCUAUGGGCUCUUUGAGGCACGCGCGGAACGCUACGCACGCGUCACGUCAGGCAGCGCGGUACCCUUACUCGCCGUCCGCAGGCCCGAGCUUACGGAAGACGAAAGGUGAGGACGCCGUGGCGUAUACCAAGCUACUCCUCAAAGAGGGGUCUUACCGCUGCUAUAACAGCGUGCCCGUUGUGUGCUUCACUAUGAGUAUUGAAGUCGUGAAUAACGUGAAUAUGUUGGUUGUGUUCCGCGAUAAAGAAUAUCCUGCUCCACUGGACUCAAUCUGCGGGCACCCAGUCAUAGCCGCUGUUCAACUGGAGCGGCCCCAAGACUGGUCCCUACGAAACACCGCACGAUAUGAGUUGCACACCGGCGACCUCACAUCUCCGAUAGGUGACGCAUCUAUCAUAUGGCGGAGAAACAGGCCUGAACGCACGGCGCGUUGCGUUCCGCGCACGCUUCAUAGAGCCAUCUGCCCACUACAGAUGGAGGUUCUAGUGCAAUAUGGUGCCGCGGCCCCGGCCCAGAGCACGAGAAGGAACCGAGUCGAUUCAAGUCAGUUGGAAUCUGACACUCGUUCUAUUCAUUCAUCUCCUACCGUCCCAGACCUGAAGGAGAAAUAG